GUGAAGAGUACAUAAACCCUUGUACAGUUUAUUAUGUGGAAUUAUGCUUUGCACAAAUCUUCUCCGCCGCGGCGGAAAUAACGAUAACAACUAACAGGGGUCUCCCUGCUACCCAUCUGAUCGGCAAAGGACUCGCCUAACUGUACAGUAAGAUAGGUACAUAUUUACAGUAUUUAGGCCUACAAUUAACACAUUCCCUCUCAAAACUUCAAUUCCUCCCACCAGCUACCAUAAUGUAGAUUGAUGUAUGAUUGACAGCCUGAUUUUGAAAUGUCACGCGCAUACCCGUCUGAUAUAUCUUCCGCCGCGGCGGGAGAAAUAUCGAAUAUGCCCAAGAAACGAAAGAUCCGUAAAGGCACUCAAAGUUGUUGGGAAUGCAAACGGCGCAAGAUCCGAUGUACCUUCGCAGCACCUACAGAUUCUACAUGCGACGGGUGUAAGAGCCGUCGAACCAGUUGCAUCGGACAAGAAUACCAAGAUAAGGCCGCGUUGCCAUUACAGAAAAGCAACAAUGAUAGACUUAAUCGUAUGGAGUCACUUGUUGAUCAAUUGGUCGAACGGAAUGGUAUCGAUGUACCGCAGCCAGAUCAAGGUGGAAACGCGCCACUGAUGCAUCGAAAUACCUCACCUACAUAUGUAGUUUCAGCCACGAUUACUAGUCCGAAUGCUGAAGACCACGCAAUCGACGACGUUGAUCAUUUGUCGCGCGCCCUCUUAGCAGUAUGGCCCAGCCAACACGAUCUCGAUCUAAUAUUGAGCAUUCCCGUUGGCGUUUCGGUGUUACUUCAUGGCACAGUUUGCCAACCAUAUUCCACAUUAUUAUCCGGACAAAUUGAAUCGCCGCGACGCUUGCUAGAGCCGCCCUCUGAAAAACCUCAUCCCGUACUCGUAGCAAGGAAAUUAUUACUAUUAGCCACUCUCCUCCAAGGCAUUUCACCACCUUCGGCCGCUGACCCCGUCGGUCCCGGUUUAGACUACCACGGCAUUAUGGUUCGCGCGUUCAAUACGGCUACCAAACUCGUAACAAGUAAUGACGAGUUCACCAGCUGUCUGGAGUUGCUUGAAUGUAUUAUGAUCGAGAGCAUGUACCUGAAUAAUGCCGGAAAUCUCCGUCGUGCCUGGCUGGCAAACCGCAGAGCGAUGGCGGUGGCGCAAAUGAUGGGGUUACACGCGGGCAUUACUUCGCCGACCAUGGCUAUCGAGGACCGGACAUGGAGUCGUAUCCAUCCCGGUUACAUGUGGUUCCGUAUAGUUGCGUCAGAUCGGUAUCUAUCAUUGAUGUUAGGCCUUCCACAAGGGUCACCCGAGAACAAGUUUGAAAAUCUAGAGCCAUUAGACACCUGUCUAGCUGUGGAACGCAUGGAGCGUAUGGAAUCAGUUGCGUCUAAUUUGAUUCUACAGCGCAAUAGUGCCGAGCGAACUGACCUUGCAGCAACACACAAAAUUGACAAGAUGUUACAGGACGCGGCUGCUAUGAUGCCACCUCAUUGGUGGGCAACGCCUUGUGUUGUUACUACUGGCAACGAUAUAGAAACAUUCGAGGAAACAGUUCGCCUGACGAAUCAACUUGUGCACCAUCACCUUCUAGUUCAAUUGCAUCUACCAUAUAUGGUGCUACCCUCUUCGACGGAGCUGAGCUACGAUUAUAGCAAGAUGACUGCGACCAAUGCUAGUCGCGCAAUCGUUGCGCUAUUCUUAUCCUUCCGCAGUUCCGUCGCAGCUCCUGCAUAUUGCCGAGGUAUCGAUUUUAUCGUCUUCAUAGCUAGCACAACUCUAUGUCUUGCACAUAUCGAAGCUCGUCGUCAGCACCGAUGUUACGCUGAAAAAGGCGCGACUGUUUUUCAAUCUCUUCAACAUCAGCGACCCAGCGACCUUGGACUUCUCGAACGAACUCUUGAAGUUAUGGAGACGACAGCCGAAGGAAAUCGCGAUAUCGUCGCUCAGAAGAUAUCUAAUAUCCUUCGGCCGCUACUCACUAUCGAGAAUAAUUCUUUUAAAGGAGAUCACUAUCAUAUCUACGCUUCUUCGGAAGUUGACAAGGACGAGUCGCAAUACUUCGACGACUUACACGCAACUCCCCAUCAACUUCACAUUCGUAUUCCGUACUUCGGAAUUUUCCAAAUCGAGCAUCGUCUUCUCCUUCCAGGCUCUAUUGAAUCAGCACACAUAUCUACGGACGAGCAACUUCGUAACUCAUUCACAUCCCCAGCGGCCGAACCUAGUGCUACUAUUCCCUGCGAAGAUGACUCUUCAUUCGAAGUCAGCGAAGAAAGCACAACAUAUAUAUCCCGCCAAUGUGGCUACGAAAUAGGGUUUGCUCAUUCUACCAAUGGUGACUGGCAAACUGUGCCGCUGGGAUUCGGACACCCUGGCUCCACAAACACCAACCAUGACCCUGGUUUACCAUCACCUGACAUAAACGAGCUGCAAGAGACCUAUCUUCUCAUGCCUGGCCUGACAGCUGAUGUGGAUGAUUGGGCGUUACAAGGCGUUGAUAUGGCCUUAUUCAGUAAUUUUACACGAGGCUCGACGAAUCCAGCCCAUACGCGAUGAGACAGAUGGUCUAGCUCGAAUUAUUACUCGAGGUGGUCCUAUAGCCGGAGUAACGUGCCGUUAGGCGUGCGUUUUCUGGGAUCAAUUGUUUCCAAGACAGUUAGAUUUGACAAGGUCUUGGAGUUCCCCCAAAAUGCUUCAUUUACGUAAACAACUCCGUCGCUGGGCACUAGAGGACCAAAGUAGCGCCGUUCUUUUGGCUGGGGAGAAUCCUUCCCGCUACUUUAACGAGUAGUUUACGGAGUAGUCACAUUAAGGGAAUACCUUUAGCAUUCUCCCGUCGUUUUGUAGGUAUUGUAUGUUUCUUCGCAUGAUCUUGUUAGGUACUUUUUAUCAAAGUACUUUGGUUAUUCUCACCUUUUCUAAGACAGUCCUCGCGCAUUCUCGGUAGCAUGU